GUGCCUAAACGUGGCAGUGCAAGUUGUAAGGAUUCUGUAUGUCAGUUUUUCUUUAAUAUGGGCAAGUACAAGUGACGUUUCCCAGUAAUGUAUGAAACGGCUAUGGAUCAUAUGCUGGGGACUGUAGGACUUCUGCAAUUUUGUCUCACCUGUUGACAUAUGCUGCUUUCAUUCGACGUGUAGAUAAUACGGCUCGCGAGCACCCUGUUCGCUCUGUAGAUCGCUUACAACUUGUUUCUCGAAAAAACCUUGAGCGCAAGUACACACAAUUAUGGUCGAUGAUGCUACGAGAAAAACCCUUAGUGGCAUCCCGUUAUUGAGAACUAAAGCCGGGCCACGCGACAAGGAUCUGUGGCCCUCACGACUAAAGGAGGAGUACCAAGCGCUGAUCAAGUACGUGCAAAACAACAAGGAGAAUGACAAUGACUGGUUCCGGCUCGAAUCCAACAAGGAUGGUACUCGGUGGUUCGGAAAGUGCUGGUACAUCCACGAGCUCCUCAAGUACGAGUUCGAUGUGGAGUUCGACAUUCCAGUGACAUACCCAACCACUGCCCCUGAAAUUGCAUUACCAUCGUUGGAUGGCAAAACAGCCAAGAUGUACAGGGGAGGAAAGAUCUGCAUGACAGACCACUUCAAGCCCUUGUGGGCAAGGAAUGUGCCUAAGUUUGGAAUUGCUCACGCCAUGGCACUUGGGCUGGGCCCGUGGCUGGCGGUGGAGAUCCCCGACCUCAUCCAAAAGGGCACACUCAAACACAAGGACGACGCGCAAACCAAGUCGUAGUCCGGUGGUGCGGCUGAAGCCGUGGUUGGCACACUCAGUCUGCCCGCGCUUCUGCACCUCAUGACGAGAGGGUGGCUGCGUGCUCGUUGCACGUUCUUUCUCCUCUUUAAGUAUGAAUAAAAAGCAUAUGUUUACA